UACAAGCAGCUAAUUUAAUCAUAAAUAUGGUUAACGCGGAAAACUCGUUGCACGCAGUUAAAUCCUUACAUGCAGAAUGUCAAACCCUAGAACAUAUCAUAACUACUCAACUGCAAUCUAUUCAAAAAGACGAAGACCUCAACGAUCGAAAGCUGCACGAUUUGCGUUACAAACUAAAAGAUAUAUAUUUUAAGAUGCUUUUUAUUCACUACGACUAUUGUUACAUUAAAGACGUUGAGUCGGCUUUAUGGAAAUAUGGCUUUUAUAUGUUGAUUGAGAGUUGUCGAAGUAGGCUCAAGGCUUGCAGGAAAAGAACUGGAGAGGAAACUUCACGCAAUUUAUUAAAGGAGUUGCUUUUAUCCUUUUUGAACGAAGCCUCUGGCUUCUACCAGAUCUUGCUGCGCAAAUUUUUCAUCUAUUUUCACUUGCCACUGCCCAAGUACGUCGAUUUUCUUAACCAUUCUCCUCCACAGUCGGAUGCGUCUACAAAAGCUUUAAUGCCUUCCUAUUCGCCUGGCGGAGGAAACUAUAUCCCCGUUAAUGAUCUGCUGGGUGAUUUGGACAUAAGCGGUAAAAGUUCCUCUAAGAAAAAAAAGUAUAUUAUAAGGAAGGACAAUAGCAUCCCUUUGCUUGGAAAAAACGAAGUUGCUGUAGGGAAACCAUCCUGCUAUCGCACACUUAUAUAUCUCGGUGACCUGGCCAGGUACCAGGGCGGACUUACCGAUCGCGAACAGCUUGGAGGCUUCUAUGUGCUUGCUCAACAGUACUAUUACCAGGCCUAUUUUUUUUUCCCGGAAGACGGACGGGCUUUUAACCAGUUGGGCGUCCUAGCGGCGGGGGGGAAAAGUGGUGUGGAUAGUGUGUACUAUUAUUAUAGGAGCUUUUCAGCUGUCAGAUCCUCUUCCAGCGCCCUCGAUAAUGUCAGAGCCCUUUUUGAUCGUAACCAUCAAUCGUUUCUGCGCGUACGGAGUGAGUUUUCUUCUUUCUCUGAAAACUCCGAACGCUAUUGUUACCUCAACAACGCAAUGGAAUCGAAGACAUUUGAGGAUCCCCGUUUUAUGGAGGAACUUCAAAAUGUAUUUUAUUGCUUUUGCGUGAGUUUCUUGGAGUUUCACAGCCUUAUUCUUAACAAGAGCGGUUUUGAGAAGGCCGUUAACUUAUAUGAGGACGUGUUAAAGCUGGGGACUAUCAUCCUUUCAGCGUGCCACCAUCUAGCUGCCGCUUCUUUGCUGAAGAUUUUUUCCUUUCUGCAGAAUUUUAUGCUAAAAGUGUUUGUGAUAAACAUUAUCUCAGUACAUAUGCUGACUGUUACGCAGACCUCCAAUAGAAAUCAUGAUGCCAGCCAGACCACCUCGUUUCUGGCCAUGCACAUGUGUAUUCGCUUCUUCUUAAUAAGUGUAAAGAAUGCUCUUGUUUAUUUCGACUCCUACCACGACCUUUUGGUUGAUGAUCUGAGAUGCCUUGGGAUUUUUGUCCAGUGGCUCUUGUGCCAGUGCGAGAUUAACGCAACGCUGCUUCAGGGCGGACUGAACGCUAUCAACACCUUUUAUCCCUCGUCUGCUUCUUCGGCGGUUUUAGUCGAGUUCCUAAACCGGCUUUCGAGCAUUGUGGAAUCGAAAACAUCAAUAUCGGAGUUGAUGUGUGACGUUCGUAAAAAGUGGAUUUGUUUAUACGAUCGAAUUGGAAGCGGCUCGAAAAUACAAGUUCCGGCCCUUCCGGAAGAUAUUAUAUUGAGGGGCUGCCUGCCAUUCAAUACCAUUCACCAAGUUUUUACUUUCCCGCCUGCCGGUUUCGAGUGCUGGAGUGCUCUUAAAACUCGCGAAGAGCUCUAUGAACAUCGGCUGGCCAGAUUUGUCAGCUGCGGUUGGGUCAUGGCCACCCUUCCUACCAUAACAUUUUUUGUUCACAACGAAGAAAGCAAUAUGUUUGAAGAGUUUUUUCAAGACCCCUCUAAAGACCAGGAACAGUUACUGUUUAAACUUCGGCAUAAGCGCCGUCAGUUUGCCCUUUCUAAAGAGGAGAAAAAAAGAAAUCAAGUGAUGAAGGCAAUGGCACAAAGCCGCCUUCAGUUGCAAGUUGAGUCGCUGGAAAACCAAUUUAAAAAGCAAAAGCGUCAGCGGACCAGCUAUAACAGCGCUACCCUCUUUGUAAUACCGCAACUCGAGUGUUUUUUAAAAUGCUUAAGAGGUGUUAGGGAGCUUGUUGAAAUGAAGCGCUUCGUUGUUAUAGUCCCCUUGAGCGUGCUUAAAGAACUGGACACCCUUAAAAAGGGUUGCGACAAAGUUAACCGCUGCGCCCGCGACGCCUGCCGUUACAUCGAAGAGAAGUUAAAAACCGGUGACAAGUGGAUCCGCUCCCAAAAUAUUCACGAGUCCGACGGGAACUCCACACACUGUGGGGAGGCUGAUGCUUCCAAUCCUGGCACCCCUGAUGAUAUUUUAAAUUGCUGCCGCUUCUUUCUUAACCACUUCACAGAAUUGUUGGUUGGCGAUGACGAAUUUUUGUCGACCAAGGGAUACAACGUAGUUGAAAGCACUGGAGCAACUGCCGCAAAUAAAGACCUACCGCUCAGCGACGCAAAAAAAGAGGGUGGAAGCCCUACUUGCGUAAGAGUGCAGGAGGAAACCACCAAUGAUCAGUUUAUAGGGAUGUACAACCACACCUUCGCGGUGAUACUAAGCGAUAAAGCAGAAGGGAGGCACACUGAGUACACCCCCCAACUGGUAGUGGAAAGCAUUUUUUCUUUCUUGCACGCAGUAAAACAUAGUUCGUAG